UCACUUCUCAUCCUGAAGGGGAUAUUACAAGAAACUAACUACACUUAAUUAUCCUACACAAUUUGCAGCUAUGGCAACUACACCUAACUUGAAUACCAUAUUUGAGUCCCUAUGUCAAAUCCCCAAGCUUCAAGGCACACCCAUGACUGCAAGAAAUUUCGGGAUCGAAGCCCCCGACGUCACGGUGCAGGCUACAAGGCGACGUGCAAUCGGGCUUGGUUCGAUUGUGCUGUUUGGCAAUGUUUGCAUCGGAAAUUCUUGGGCAGAAGACAAUGGGUUUUGGAUAACAGGGCCAUUGCCGGUGCCGUAUGCAAUCAACGAUCUUAAUAACAAGGAGACGGGGACGCGAACUUUUCUCAAAAAAGGGAUCUACAUUGCGGACGUGGGGAUUAAAGGGCGAAGGCGGAGGCUGAAACGAUCCGCAUUCGAUCUUAUAGCAUUGGGAGAUUUGAUAGAUCAAAAAGAUGCAUGGAACUAUGUAAGAAGGUAUUUGCACCUCAAGGGGACAUUUAUGUACUUUGAUUUCGACGAGGUGAUUUCAGCAGCAACGGAGGAUGAUAAGAAGCCUCUCACUGAUCUCGCCAAUAGAUUGUUUGACAGCAUCGAAAAGCUUGAGGUUGCAGUGAGAAAGCAGGAUUAUCCACAAACCGAGACGUGCUAUCAAGCUACGACGGCAGUUCUGGAAGAGGUUAUGAGUCGAAUGGGAUAAACAUCGAUUACUGUCGAUGUAGCUAUGCAUGUAUGUUUGUCUUGUUAUUACAUUAUAUAUUGUAAAUUCGAAAGAAAUGCUUGGAGGAUGACAACCUUCGGAAAUCAAAUUACAACUUAGCAAUGUGAAGUAUUAUAAGUACAAA